AUGGCUUCGCAAGAGGAAAAACAAGUUCAGCCCUUUGCAGACAUCUUCGAUGAAGAUGAAGCUGAAAAAUCCUUUCUGUUGUCCAAGCCCACUUGCUUAAUUAUCCUUGGAAAGCCAGGUUCUGGAAAGAAAACAUUAGCUAGAAAACUAGCACAAACAUGGAAAUGCAUUUUCAUAGAAGCUUUGGAACUAAUUCAAAUGAAUAUUCAUGAAGAAACAGAAUAUGGGCUUAAGUGUCAAGAAUUGCUUUUCAAAGGUCAAAGUAUUCCUGAAGAACUGGUUACAGAAAUGAUUCUGAAAAAGAUUGAGUCACCAGAAGUUGCUCAUUUUGGUUAUGUUCUCAGUGGAUUUCCUUCUCUCUCAGAGGAAUACAUGACUGUUUCACAGCAAAUAGAGAAAAUAAAGAAUCUAAAAUUAAAACCAGAUUUCCUGAUUAACAUUAAGUGUUCAGAUUAUGACUUAUGCCAAAGAAUAUCAGGACAAAGGCAACACCCUGAUUCAGGGCAGAUAUAUCAGAGGAACCAGUGGGAUCCUAACAUUAUUGAAAAGCAUAAGAAAGAGAAAGAUCAGCAUGAAGAAGAGAAUGAAGAAGAUGAAGAGCAGGAAGAAGAAGAGGCUGCAGAAGAUCCACUUAUGAUGUCAGAAUUUUUGCAUCAAUUAGUGCAGAGGCCUGAAGAUAUUCUUGAAAAUGCAGAGGAAAGAGUUGGAAUGUAUAAGGCUAUAAUGCUUCAUCCUUUAGAAGACUUGAUGGCUGAACAGGAUUGUCAAUAUGUUAUUGAAGUGGAUGGAAAUCAGAAACCAGAUGAUCUCUUUGUAUCAGUGGUAGUUCGACUUCAAUCUCUGGGUGUUCGAAAUGGAGCUCCUAUAACCAGACUUCAAAGUCGGCAAGAAGAAAUGCUGGAGGGAUUGGAAAAUGAUGAACUUUUCCGGCUUUUGUCAUCUUACAAACUAAUAGCACACAGAUAUCGAUGGCGUAGAAGCAAGUGGGGGCAAGCAUGUCCUGUGGCUCUAAAGGAAGGUGAUAUUGUAAUGGGAAAGCCAGACUUGGCUGUCAGUUUUCUAGGUAAAAUGUAUGUACUGUCAUCCCCAGAGGCAUUGAAAACAUUUAUGUUGAAUCCACGGCCUUACCUGUUACCACCAAUGCCACUUCCUCCUUGUAAAGUACUAGUGUUUGGUCCUCCAUUCUCUGGAAGAACAACUAUUUGUAACCUAAUUGCACACAAAUAUAAAGGAAAGGUUCUCGAUAUGGCCAAACUCAUUCAACCCCGUAUGGAAGAAUCAAGAGAAAAAAACAUUGAGCAAGUGCGAAGGGAUACAGUAGAAAAGGCUAUAACAGCAGUGAAAAAUAGGUUGGAAUUAGAAAAAGACUCAAGAGAAUCAGGAGACUUGCAAAAACAUAGUAGUGCCAAAAAAGUAGAUGAUUCUGAAGAACCCACUAAAACCAGACAGGGAGUAAACUUGGAAGAGGGGACUACUAUAAAUCUGCCAUCACCCAAAAAAGUAAAAAAGAUAACUGCCGACCACCCGGAAGUUCAAGCAGUGGUAGAAGAAGCCAUAAAAAGUGCAUCAGCCUCCAAAGUUACGCUGUCACCUGAAAUACAUGCUGAAGUGCUGGAGAGAGCUAUUGCAGAGCUUAUGAAGAAGAACAAAGACAGGUUUCCUGGUGCUCCAGAAAAAGGAGGAUGGGUAGUGGAUAACUACCCUCUGUCAGUAGAUCACUGGUCAGCUUUGUCAGAAAGAGGACUUUUACCUGACACUGUUGUCUGUCUGAAGGAUACACAAAAAGACGAAAUCAUACUACCUGAUUUUGCAGAGGAUGAUUUUCCAGAUAUACCAGAAAUGGAAAUAAUUAAAGGGAAGAUUGACCUUUUCAUGCAUGACUGGCAAAUAGUGGAGUCAGAAAUCAAGCAGUCAUCUCUAGUUCAGGUGGUUGUUUUAGAGAUUGCUGAGCAAACUCCAGAAAGUCUGCUUAAUCAAACUGUGCUGGUUAUGGAAAAACCUUUUAAAUAUAAUAGUUGGGAAUUAUCUGCUGAAGAUUUAGAUGAGGAAGCAGAAGAUCUGGCUGCUGAAGGGGAAGAUGAAGAAGUUGAAGAAGAGGAAAAUGAAAAUGAAGAAGCUCCUCCUUUACGGGUGUGCUUACUGGGGACUCAUGGAGCUGGUAAAACUACUUGUGCACGACAGAUAGCAGACAAAUUAGGCAUUUUCCAUAUUCAGUUUGAAGAAUAUCUACAGGAAUUGAUCUUACCCAAAACUAAAGAGAAAGUUGGGCCCCGUUUUGAGAAAGAACCUGAAGAAGAUGACAAUAAAAUGCCAAUUCUGUCACAGGAACUGGAAGACUUCUCUCAGACCAUGACUAAAACUGUGACUGAAAAAAGAAAACAGGAAGUGGCGUUAACUGGUGAGGAAGAAGCAAUAAAAGCAAAUCUAAUGGAUAAUGAGGCACUGCCUCCAGAAGUCCUUGAUAACAUUGUUCUUGACUGGUGGAGGAAAGAGCCAUUCCGGUCUACAGGAUUUAUACUGGAUGGUUUCCCUCGUACUUUAGAUGAAGCCCAGUACUUGUCAGAAAGAGGACUCUGUCCUGAUGUUGCAGUUUAUAUUCAAGUAGAACAAAGUGAUGUUCUUGACCGUCUUUUUCCUCCAUGUCUGAAAAAAUGGAAAGAAAGACAGUAUAAAAAAAUGGAAAAUAAAAAGAAACUGAAAGAUAUGAAAGCCAAAAUAAGGGAUGAGAGGAUUGCUAGAAGAAGGGAAGAACUUUUAGCAGAACAAACCCAAAAGAAACAGGAGGCUUUAGCAAAUAUGGCACAUUAUGAAGCCACUGAGGAGGUAGAUAAGAAGGAAAAUGAAGAUGUUGAAGCUAUACUUGAAGAAGAGUUUUUAGAAAAAGAAGAAGAAGAAGAGGCUGAAGAACAGGAGAUUGAUGCUGUUGACCGCAUACAAAAUGAAAUUGCAGAAAAGUUUGAUUCAGAAAUAGACCACUUACAAGGUGUACAGGAAGAACUUGAAAAAUUGUUAAUACCACAAAUCAAGAUCAAUGGAGGACGGAAGCCUCACAUCGUAUGCUACCAAAUAUAUAGCAAGCUGAAUUCUCUAAUGGAAAAUCGUGGAAGCAUUUUUGAGAAAUGUUACCCAAUAAGUUUGUCACUUGCACAUAAGAUGCUAUUUUUCUCAUAUAAAUUUCCAAGUUCUUUUGGUCAGUGGGAUCCAAUCAAGCUAAGUGAAGGAGAUGUAAUCAAGCCACAACAAAGCCAAGAAAACAGAGUCUUUCCUGUAAUCCAUCGACAAUAUAUUUAUUUCUUUUCAAGUAAAGAAAAUAAAGAAACAUUUAUGAAAAAUCCCAUUAAAUAUAUUCGUCAGCCAAAACCUAAACCAGCUGUGCCAGUUAAGAUUGCAAUCGUGGGACCUCCAAAAUCUGGAAAGACUACAGUUGCCAAGAAAUUUGCAAGUCUAUAUGGGUUACUGCACCUGAGUAUGGGAAAUGCCAUACGGCUAGUAUUAAACAAUCAGCCAGAGAGCGAGUUGGCACUUAUGUUAAAGAGGCAUCUUCACAAAGGACUGACUGUACCUGAUGAACUGGCCAUCCAAGCUCUAGAUGUGGCUCUGAUGAAUCACGUGUGUAAUACCACUGGAGUUGUAAUUGAUGGAUAUCCUGUAACAAGAAAACAAGUAAACCUCUUGGAAUCAGCUAGGAUAAUUCCAGUGAAAAUCUUUGAAUUAGAAAUGGAUGCAAAAGAAAUGUUCAGAAGAGCACUGUUGGAUAAGGAAAGCACAAAUAGAGCUCCCUACCCUGAACAUGACAGCUCACAGAUUCUAGCUAUUAAAAAUUCCUGCUAUAAACAGCACAUUGAUGCAAUUAGGACCUACUAUAAGAAGGAGCAUCAGAACUGGUGUGUGAUUGAUGCCUUUCAGAGCAAGUGGUGGAUCUGGAACAAAGUACUGCAGGAAGUUCAAGGGGUUGUUAAAGAAAUCCAGAUAUACUUGGAAAGAACAAGAGAAGGAAAAGCAGCCAGCAUUGCUGAUUUAUGUAUUACUCCUGAAGAGCUGCAGUAUCGGCUGGGGGAGUUUGGACAGUACUGUCCUGUCACCCUUGCAGAAAAAGGUGAAUUGGUUGACUGCUCUGUAACGUUGUCACUGCAGUUUGCUGCAGAAUUUCGAGGACACUAUUACAAAAUGGCUUCACAGGAAGAGCUGGACAAAUUCUUGAGCAGACCAGAGGUAUAUGUGCCACCACUGGCAUCUCACCCUCUCCCACCCCCAGAUCUGCUACCAAGGAAACUGACUGCAGCAGAAGUGAAGGUCUUAUUCCCUAGAAGUGCUGAAAUGCAGGGAUACUGCCCAGUCACUUACCUAGAUGGAAAACAGAGAUAUGAAGCUUUGGUGCCUGGCAACAUUGAGUAUGCAGCAAAAUAUCAAGAUAAGGUAUAUAUUUUUGAAAGUGAAGAAAAACUACUGAAGUUUAUGAGGUUACCAGAGAAAUACUGGAAUCUGAAGCUUCCACAUAAACUCCCUCCAGUAAAGAAGCCAAUACUACUCACUGCACUUCCUUUGGCUGGAUACCUUGAACAGGGAGUAGCAACUUCUCUAAUAAAAGCUCUGAAUGAAGUAGGCUGCUUAAAGCCAAAGUUUCCAUUCCUAAGUGUAAAAAAAACUGCUCUGCUGUUUGUCGCCUGCCAUUUAAAAGCACACAACCCCAGGAGCUCAGAGCCGGCGCGGCAGAGGUACCAGAGGGAGCUGGGGCGGUUCAAGGAGCACUGCCAGCUCAUCCCCUACCUGGGGGCUGCUAUGGCAGGCCCGUACAGGGAGCCGCGGCACAGGCCCCUUGGCUUUGACGGCAGGCUGCAGACUUUUCUUUCCCUCAAAGACGCCUGCCCCGGUCUUGUGCAGCGUGGGCUGCGUGUUUUUCCCCCCUCACGUACUUCCUUGGAUUAA